CAAUGGAGAUCCUAGAACUGAUUCCUGGUUCCUGGUGCACUCGCCGCUCCCGGUCACCCUCCUCUUUGCCUUCUAUCUCCUCCUGGUGGUGGCAGGUCCUGCCAUCAUGAGCCACCGGGAGCCUCUGAGGCUGGCUGGACCCCUGGCUGCCUACAACCUGGGCCUAGUGCUUCUCUCCGGGUACAUAUUCUAUGAGUUCAUGGUCACCUCCCUUCUGGCCAAGUACAGCUACUUCUGCCAGCCGGUGGACUACAGCCAGAGUGAGCUUGGAAUAAGGCAGAUGGCGAGCGUGUGCUGGUGGUGUUUCUUCUCAAAGGCCAUUGAACUGCUUGACACAGUCUUCUUCAUAUUACGAAAGAAGCGGGAGCAGAUCACCUUCCUGCAUGUCUACCACCACGGCACCAUGCUCUUUAACUGGUGGGCUGGAGUCAAGUAUGUGCCCGGGGGGCAAGCCUUCUUUGUCGGGAUGCUGAAUUCUUUCGUUCAUGUCUUCAUGUACCUGUACUACGGACUGGCCAGUCUGGGGCCCCACAUGCGGCGCUAUUUGUGGUGGAAGCGACAUCUCACCACCCUGCAGCUGGGUCAGUUUGUGGCCAUUGCUGCCCACUCUUCCUACAAUCUCUUUGCUGAGUGCUACUUCCCGGAUGGGUUCAACAUGGCUGUCCUCCUGUACUCCCUCAGCCUCAUCCUCCUCUUUCUCAACUUCUACCACCAGACAUACCUCAGGGGCAAGCAGGAGAAGCUCACUUAAGGGACUGGACCCCAGGAAUGAACCAGACAGCCAGCGGGGCUUGUAGCCCACUGGUGCUAAGUAGAUCCCUCUGAUACUGCAUUUCAUCCUGUGAAGAAACAAUUGCCUUCUUUCCAGACAGAGAUCAAGGGGAAAGAAAUGGACCCUACGUCCUGUACUGACUUCGGUUAUGGCACUUCCCAGGUGGAUUUGUAACUAUGAAUCUCCUUUCUUAUUAAAUGUAAGCCCCUCAUGGGAGGGACACUGUUCUUCUCUAUGUUCCUACCUGACACAACACCUCAAUAAAUGUG